AUGGCAUCAACGGUUAUUGACAAUACAAUCCCCAGCGCUCGCAUGGCCAUCCCAUCAAAGCUGGAUAGACAGCCUGCCAAACCCACCAUCAUCGACAUCCGCCAGGAUAAAGCAGAGCUCUGCAUGCAUGAUGAGAUUAUCCAAGGACUACAAGCAGACGAAGGGAACGAAAAGACUCUUCCGACCAUGCUACUGUACGACGAGAAGGGACUGCAACUAUUCGAGGCCAUAACUUUUCUUGACGAGUACUACCUGACCAAUGUCGAAAUCGAGGUCCUGGAGACUUCCGCCGUCGACAUCGUGCGCCAGAUCCAGCCAAAUCCCAUGCUCGUGGAACUUGGGAGCGGUAACCUGCGUAAGACCUGCAUCCUUCUCAAUGCCUUCGAGAGACUCGCCCGGCCCUGCCGCUUCUUCGCUCUCGAUCUCUCACUCCCGGAACUGCAGCGCACCCUAUCUGCCAUUCCUGAAUAUAGACACGUCUCGGCUGUCGGGCUGCAUGGAACCUACGACGACGGUCUCACCUGGCUAAAACGUUCUGAGAACUCUUCGACGCCCAAGUGCAUCAUGAGCCUGGGCUCAUCCAUCGGAAACUUUGGCCGUGCCGACGCAACUGGCUUCUUGGAGCAUUUUUCCAAUAUUCUUGUUCCGGGUCGUGAUUCUUUGCUUAUCGGGCUUGAUGGCUGUCAGGAUUCUUCUAGGGUGUACAAAGCAUACAACGACGAGCGCGGAACAACCAGACAAUUCAUACUGAACGGGCUCGUGCAUGCGAACAGAAUCCUAGGAGAAGAGGUCUUCAAGGCUGAAGACUGGGAAUACGUGGGCGCCUACGACAAGUCCGAAGGCCGACACCAGGCGUUCUACGUGCCCAAGAAAGACGUCCAAUACGGCCAGAUCCUCAUCAAGGCAGGUGAGAAGGUCCGCGUUGAGGAGAGCUACAAGUACUCGCCACUGCAGCGGACCGCGUUGUGGACGGGGGCCGGCCUGCGUGAGACCGCACGAUUUGGGGCUGAGGUUGGGGAUGUUCCCUACUUUAUUCACCUAUUGACCUCAUCGCAUGCUGGAUCGAGUAGGCAGUAA